GUGGACGGCACCACCAAGAACACCCUGGAGUAUGAGAUUGUGCAGGUGGUGGACACUGGCCCCAUCCUGAGGGACAUGGCCUUCUCAGUGGACCACGAGCACCUCUACAUCAUGUCUGAGAAGCAGCUCACCCGGGUGCCCGUGGAGUCGUGCAGCCAGUACGAGACCUGCAGCGAGUGCUUGGGCUCAGGAGACCCUCACUGUGGAUGGUGUGUCCUUCACAACACGUGCACGAGGAAGGAGCGGUGCGAGCGCUCCAGCGAGCCGCGGAGAUUCGCCUCGGAGAUGAAGCAGUGCGUCCGGCUCACCGUGCAUCCCAACAACAUCUCCGUGUCCCAGUACAACGUUUUGCUGGUCUUGGAGACCUACAACGUCCCUGAGCUGUCAGCAGGAGUCAACUGCACCUUCGAGGACCUUUCAGAGAUGGAUGGCCUGGUGGUGGGCAGUCAGAUCCAGUGCAUCUCACCAGCUGCCAAAGAGGUGCCCCAGAUCAUCACAGAGAACGGAGACCAUCACAUUGUGCAGCUUCAGCUCAAGUCCAAGGAAACGGGUAUGACCUUUGCCAGCACCAGCUUCGUCUUCUACAACUGCAGCGUCCACAACUCGUGUCUGUCAUGCGUGGAGAGCCCCUACAGGUGUCACUGGUGCAAGUACCGCCACGUGUGCACCCACGACCCCAGCUCCUGCUCCUUCCAGGAGGGACGAGUCAAGAUGCCUGAGGACUGUCCCCAGCUGCUGCAGGCUGAGAAGAUCCUGGUGCCAGUGGAAGUGAUCAAACCCAUCACACUGAAGGCCAAGAACCUGCCCCAGCCUCAGUCGGGCCAGAGAGGCUACGAGUGCAUCCUGAACAUCCAGGGCAGCGAGCAGAGGGUGCCAGCCCUGAGGUUCAACAGCUCCAGUGUGCAGUGCCAGAACACUUCGUAUUCCUACGAAGGGAUGGAGAUUAACAGCCUGCCAGUGGAGCUGACUGUCGUGUGGAACGGGAAUUUCAACAUUGACAACCCGGCACAGAACAAAGUUCACCUGUACAAGUGUGGGGCCAUGAGGGACAGCUGUGGACUCUGCCUGAAAGCCGACCCCGACUUCGAGUGUGGCUGGUGCCAGGGACAGAACCAGUGCACGCUGAAGCAGCACUGCCCAGCCCAGGACAGCCAGUGGCUGGAGUUGUCCAGCACCAAGGGCAAGUGCACCAACCCCAAGAUCACGGAUAUCAACCCAGUGACGGGCCCUCGCGAGGGAGGGACCAAGGUGACGAUCCGUGGGGAGAACCUGGGGCUGGAGUUCCGGGACAUCGCGUCCCACGUCAAAGUGGCCGGCGUGGAGUGCAAACCUCUGGUGGAAGGGUACAUCCCUGCAGAGCAGAUAGUGUGUGAGAUGGGGGAGGCCAAGCCCAGCCAGCAUGCUGGAUUUGUGGAAAUCUGUGUGGCUGAGUGCAAACCAGAGUUCAUGGCCAGAUCUUCACAGCUCUAUUACUUCAUGACUCUGACUCUCUCUGACCUCAAGCCCAAGCGGGGACCAGUGUCGGGUGGCACCCAGGUGACAAUCACAGGCAACAACCUCAACGCUGGCAGCAACGUCAUCGUGACCUUUGGGAGACAGCCCUGCCUCUUCUACAGGAGAUCCACCAAGCACAUUGUCUGUAACACCACUGCCUCCUAUGAGGGCUUUGAGAAGGUGAAGGUGUCUGUGAGAGUGGACAAGGCCAAGAUACAUCAGGAGCUGCACUAUGAAUAUGUGGAGGAUCCAACCAUCCUGAGGAUCGAGCCUGAGUGGAGCAUCUUCAGUGGCAACACACCCAUUGCAGUGUGGGGAACUCACCUGGAUCUCAUCCAGAACCCUCAGAUCCGGGCGAAGCACGGUGGGAAGGAGCACGUCAAUAACUGUGAGGUGCAGAACAGCACAGAGAUGACCUGCCAGGCCCCAGCCCUGGCUGUGGACCCCAAUCACCAGUCGGAGCUCGCCGAGCGCCCAGAGGAGUUUGGCUUCAUCCUUGACAACGUGCAGUCCCUGCUGAUCCUCAACAAAACCAACUUCACCUACUACCCCAACCCCAUCUUCGAGGUUUUCAACCCCUCGGGGAUCCUGGAGCUGAAGCCAGGAAGUCCCAUCAUCCUGAAGGGCAAGAACCUGAUCCCACCAGUGGCAGGAGGGAAUGCCAAGCUGAACUACACCGUUCUGGUCGGGGAGAAACCCUGUGCAGUGACUGUGUCAGAUGUGCAGCUGCUCUGUGAGUCCCCAAACCUCAUUGGAAGGCACAAGGUGAUGGCUCGUGUAGGAGGCAUGGAGUUCUCCCCAGGGAUGGUCUACAUCUCUCCAGACAGCCCUCUGAGCCUGCCAGCCAUUGUCAGCAUUGCUGUGGCUGGUGGGCUGCUCAUCAUCUUCAUCGUGGCCGUGCUCAUCGCCUACAAGCGCAAAUCCCGGGAGAGCGACCUCACCCUCAAGCGCCUGCAGAUGCAGAUGGACAACCUGGAGUCCAGGGUGGCUCUGGAGUGCAAAGAAGCCUUUGCAGAGCUGCAGACAGAUAUCCACGAGCUGACCAGUGACCUGGAUGGAGCCGGGAUCCCUUUCCUGGAUUACAGAACCUACACCAUGAGGGUGCUUUUCCCUGGCAUUGAAGAUCACCCAGUUCUGAGGGAUCUGGAGGUCCCUGGCUACAGGCAGGAGAGGGUGGAGAAAGGCCUGAAGCUCUUUGCCCAGCUCAUCAACAACAAGGUGUUCCUACUGUCCUUCAUCCGCACCCUGGAGUCCCAGCGCAGCUUCUCCAUGAGGGACCGCGGCAAUGUGGCCUCGCUGAUCAUGACAGUGCUGCAGAGCAAGCUGGAAUAUGCCACUGAUGUCCUCAAACAGCUCCUGGCCGACCUCAUAGACAAAAACCUGGAGAGCAAGAACCACCCCAAGCUGCUGCUCCGGAGGACAGAGUCUGUGGCUGAGAAGAUGCUCACCAACUGGUUCACCUUCCUUCUCUACAAAUUCCUCAAGGAGUGUGCUGGAGAACCUCUCUUCUCCCUUUUCUGUGCCAUCAAGCAGCAGAUGGAGAAGGGUCCCAUCGAUUCCAUCACUGGGGAGGCCCGGUAUUCCCUGAGUGAGGACAAGCUCAUCCGACAGCAGAUCGACUACAAGACACUGGUCCUGAGCUGCGUGAACCCCGACAACGUGAACAGCCCCGAGAUCCCGGUGAAGAUCCUGAACUGUGACACCAUCACACAGGUCAAGGAGAAGAUCCUGGAUGCCAUCUUCAAGAACGUGCCCUGCUCCCACCGCCCCAAGGCUGCUGACAUGGAUUUGGAGUGGAGACAAGCAAGUGGGGCAAGGAUGAUCCUGCAGGAUGAAGACAUCACAACCAAGAUAGAGAAUGACUGGAAGAGGCUCAACACCCUGGCACACUACCAGGUGCCAGAUGGAUCUGUGGUAGCUUUAGUGUCCAAGCAAGUCACUGCCUACAAUGCAGUCAACAACUCCACAGUCUCCAGGACGUCAGCCAGCAAGUAUGAAAACAUGAUCCGCUACACGGGGAGCCCCGACAGCCUCCGGUCCCGAACCCCCAUGAUCACCCCCGACCUGGAGAGCGGGGUCAAGAUGUGGCACCUGGUGAAGAACCACGAGCACGGUGACCAAAAAGAGGGUGACAGGGGCAGCAAGAUGGUUUCUGAGAUCUACCUGACCAGACUUCUUGCCACCAAGGGCACCCUCCAGAAGUUUGUAGAUGACCUCUUUGAGACCAUCUUCAGCACUGCCCACCGUGGCAGUGCCCUCCCCCUGGCUAUCAAGUACAUGUUUGAUUUCCUGGAUGAGCAGGCUGACAAACACAACAUCCACGACCCCCACGUGAGGCACACCUGGAAGAGCAACUGCCUCCCCUUAAGGUUCUGGGUCAACAUGAUCAAGAACCCACAGUUUGUCUUCGACAUCCACAAAAACAGCAUCACAGAUGCCUGUCUGUCUGUGGUGGCCCAGACCUUCAUGGACUCCUGUUCCACCUCAGAGCACCGGCUGGGCAAAGACUCCCCCUCCAACAAGCUCCUCUACGCCAAGGACAUCCCCAGCUACAAGAACUGGGUGGAAAGGUACUACUCAGACAUUGCCAAAAUGCCAGCCAUCAGUGACCAGGACAUGAAUGCCUACCUGGCUGAGCAGUCCCGCAUGCACAUGAACGAGUUCAACACCAUGAGCGCGCUCUCAGAGAUCUACUCCUACGUGGGCAAGUACAGCGAGGAGAUUCUCGGAGCCCUCGAUCAAGAUGACCAGGCUGGGAAACAGAAACUUGCCUACAAACUUGAACAAGUCAUAACCCUCAUGAGCAUAGACAGCUGAGAACUGUCCUGCCAGGGCCACCCUGGGAGGGAUAAACCAAGUCGUGCCUCACUCAAGAUCAUCAUCUUUACCAAGUGCAAGUUUUGAUGGGCUGUAAGCAGAGUCACCCACACAGCUCCUCUCUCUCUCUCUCAUUCUCUCUUUCUCUCCCUCAUUUCUCUCUCUUUCCAAAUCUAUGGACGAAGUGACAGAGCCCCAGGGGUUAAAGGAAAAGACUGCAGAGGAAUCUUGGCUCUGGGGCCAUGGGGACAUUCAGGUGGAGCUCUCCUUUUCACAGCUUCCCCUCUGCCUUCACCCUAGAGAAAAACUAUUAAACACACAAAAAAACACCCCCCACGAACCCUCCCCCAACAUCUCAUCAUCACUCUGCAGAGGCGAAAUUGGGAGGUAACUUCUGUCAUGCUGCUUUAACUGCCCUCCAAGGGCUUGUAGCCCCUGGAGUGGACAUGGAAAUGAACUCAGUAUUACUCAAAGUCUCCCCAAGGGGAAGGCAGCUGCCUGCAGGGAUCCUGGAGGGCAGAGCAAAUCCAGCUCCUCUCCUGCAGAGCCAUCACAACUCUAUCUCCUGAGAGUGACCCACCAGGAGAGGAACCCCAAGGCUCCCUGGAAAACGCCAGAGUGGGACCACUGUGGCUCUGACCUGCCUGGUGUAGCUGCUCCCUUGGGGCAGGGAAAGGGUCAAGAGGGGAGGAGGAGACCAACCCUCCCCUGCCCAUGUGUUUCAUAUGGUUAUUCUUAUUUUUCCAAGAGACACGUGUCCCCCGCCGUCUUUCCCGUCGUGUCCUGUUGGUCGUAGCACUGCGGCAAAAUUGCUCUCUCUGCUCAGUGGCCUCCUGUCAGUGGUGGUUCUGCUCCUUCUGGCAAUGGACAGCACAGCAUCUCCCUUGUUCCCACCUCAGCUUGGAAAGCAAGAGCCACAGGUCUCAUUUUGUUCCAUCCUCAA